CGCUCACAGCGGAUCAGUGCCUCCUCUUUGAUGAGUCAAAUCAUGGUAACGGGUUGGACACUGGACUACCCUCCGCUCUCUCUGCUCUUUCCGCGAUCACAGUUUCAGCGUCAGAUCUCUCUCUCUCUGCAGUCUGCAGAUCCACUCGCCUGAGCUCGAAUCAGUUGCACGCAGCAACAAUGUUGCGCUUGAGCUCCGUAUUUAUAAUACUGCCCCUGGCUGCAGCGCUGCUGCUUCUCUGCGCUCCCCGGAAUGAGGCGUCGGUGCAUGAGUACGCCGGCGAGAAGUUCGUCGGGAAAGGAAACGCCUUCAUUGUUCACGGCGGAAGCGAGGGUAUUUACUCUUCCGCACCUGUGCUCAACGAGUCGUCCCCCGGAAACUCAUUUAUUCGAUUCGAAAAGAUCACAUUCCGUAGGCCUAUGGAGUUCUCUAACUUCAGCUCGGAAUCGAUUCAUGCAGUCGUGUUCGAGGUUGAUGACCGAGAAUUAAUUGGAGGCUCGGCAUAUGGAGGUCAACGAGCUGUAUGCUGCACAUCAGAUCUCGCGAAACUCGGAGUCUGCAAGCAAGGAGAGGUCAUCCACCGCCCAUCUCCCAACAAUCCAGGAUGGCCUCAAAUAUAUGGUGCCUCAUUUGAAAUUGACGCAUUGGAGACCACCCUGCCACCAAGGUCCAUACCGAUCACUAAAACUGGAAUGUACAACCUUUACUUUAUUCACUGUGACCCUAAGCUCAAGGAGAUUUAUGUCGAGGGUAAAACCGUCUGGAAAAACCCAACAGGUUAUUUGCCUGGCCGGAUGGCUCCCUUCAUGAAAUUUUACGGGUUCAUGUCCCUUGCAUUUGUGCUGCUCGGGAUAUUCUGGUUUUCCCAGUAUGCGAGGUUCUGGAAGGAGGUUCUUCCCCUGCAGAACUGUAUUACUCUCGUGAUUACUUUGGGUAUGUUUGAGAUGGCUUUUUGGUACUUUGACUAUGCUGAGUUCAAUGAGACUGGAGUCAGGCCGACAGGGACCACUCUAUGGGCAGUCACGUUUGGGACAGUGAAACGUACUGUGUCGCGACUGAUUAUUUUAAUUGUAUCUAUGGGUUAUGGUGUGGUUAGGCCCACGUUGGGUGGUCUUACGUCGAAGGUUGUUUUGCUUGGGGGGACAUUCUUUGUCGCGUCUGAAGUUCUUGAGAUAAUUGAAAAUGUCGGUGCAGUCAGUGAUCUCUCAGGAAAGGCGAGGCUGUUUUUUGUGCUUCCAGUGGCGAUUUUGGAUGCUUUUUUCAUUCUCUGGAUAUUUACGUCCCUCUCUUCAACUUUGAACAAGCUUCAGGCUAGGAGAAUGAUUGCCAAGUUAGAUAUCUACAGGAAGUUCACAAAUGCAUUAGUCGUUGCAGUUGUCGUGUCCAUUGGCUGGAUUUGCUAUGAGCUAUAUUUCAAGUCCAAUGAUGUGUACAAUGAGCAAUGGCAGAAUGCAUGGAUAAUUCCAGCCUUUUGGCAAGUCGUGUCGUUUUCUCUCUUGUGCGUCAUUUGUGCUCUUUGGGCCCCAUCGCAGAACUCAAUGCGAUAUGCUUACUCAUCUGAGGAUGCCAGUGAAGAGUUUGACAAGGAUGAUACAUUGACACUCAUAAAACCAUCUCCAUUGGUCUCAAAGGAUGUGUGGAGUACUGAACAAAGGUCAGCCGGGAGUGGCAAUGUUGUACCCCAUACUGAUCUUGAACAAGAAAAAACGGCAUAAAGAUAAAAAUGUCGUUAAAAUUACCAGACCCAUGGCUCAGCUGGUUUUGGAAUCCCUUUGUUAUCGUUAUCUUGUAGAAAUUACUGAAGGUGGAAAGAGGAGAAAGAAAGCAUCAAGAUUGAGAAUAUGGUUGCCUUUUGGAUGGGUUAGACUUCACUUUCGUUCUCUUCCAUUGUUAGUUACUUUACCUGCCUGUCUGCUCCAUAUAUUUAUUGAUUUAAUUUUGUUACCUUUGUAUCAAUAGCCUUUACAAUAUGAUUCAGUUUUGCUUUUGUUAUUUGUUACGAGCCACUGUCAUUUGGGACUUCACCUGCGAUCGGUACCUAAUUGGUAUGACAACAAAAGUACUGGACCUUUUUUUACAUCGAAUAAGUACUACAG